CACUCACACCCUCUCUUACUCCAACCAUACCAUGUCCAACUCUAACAUCACCACCUUCCUAGAAGCAGCAGCAGCAGCAGCAGUUAACAUCCCACAGCAAAGCUCAAGCCCUAUUUACAGUCACGCCGUCAUGGAUGAUAACAGUGCUGAUCAACUCGACUUUGAUGAAGAUUUUCUAAUUCUAGCUGCUGUUGCAGGUGAAGGAACUAAUUUUGAAACUAAUGCCUCUUCAUCUUCCUGUCUUAAAGCGUCGACUACUCUUUCUCAAAGUCCUUUCCUUUCAUCAUAUGAGAUGACUAGAAGUUCAGUCAAGGGUUGCUGGGAGGUUCCAAGAACCAGCUCUGUCGAUGAUAUGCAACAAGAUGGUGAGGGUUAUGUAAAGACAAUGGAGAUGGAUGAUCAUGUGGGGUUUAAAAUUGCUUUCCGAACCAAAUCUGAUCUUGAGAUAAUGGAUGAUGGGUACAAAUGGAGAAAAUAUGGGAAGAAGAGGGUUAAGAAUAGCCCUAAUCCAAGGAACUAUUACCGGUGCUCAGCGGCAGGAUGCAAGGUGAAAAAGAGAGUGGAAAGGGAAAAAGAAGAUCCUCUGUUUGUGAUAACAACUUACGAGGGUAAGCAUAACCAUGAAAGCCCUAGUGCAGACACGGACAUAUGCCACAAUGCCAUAAAUCCUGAUCAACGGACUUCACACCAGCUUCAAUUUCUGCAUCAUCAUCAACAGCGUCAACCCUAGUUAGAUAUAUAAGACUGUUGCUCCAAUCCAUCACCAGUACAUGUAUAUACAUAUGAUUAUCAUCUAAGUUAAUGCAUAUGCUAAUUAAUGCUUUCAAUCAAGAAGCAUUUCAAUCUACUUUCUUAAUUAUA